GUCGUUCUUAUCAGGGCAUCAACGAGGAGAUCAUAUGGGUUAGCAUCGGGAUGGGGGUGACCAUAGCCGUCCUGAUAACGAUAGCCCUUUGUUACAUAAUGCGCGAGAAGUGCAUCCAGCGCAGGGAGUACUACAUCACGGCAUGAGUCGCGCCCCUUUGACGAGUUGCGCGACUCUAAUCUAUCCCAAAAAUACUCUCGUCAAUAUGUGUCAAACUAUAUUAAGCGUCUACUUCACCCUCUCACAUGCAUCGCCCCCUUUUUUUUUCCUACCUUCUUUUCCAACGUGCACUCAUUUAAAAUGUUGGUGCCUAAACUUUACAACAUUUUAACAAACAACUUCUUAUAAAUACUCAUUUAGAAAACUUACCUCCAUAAAAGUCUGCUCAUUUCAACUCAUAAUCAUAAAACAAAGAUGAUUAUACA